CUUUCUUCUGUCCCCAUCCCCAGAUUUGGGCCCGAAAACUUCUCCCUGUCCCUUGGCGUCUGUUUGGCCCCAGAAGAUAUGCCUCAUCCAGCUUCAAGGCUGCAGACCUGCAGCUGGAAAUGACACAGAAGCCUCAGAAGAAGCCUGACCCCAGCGAGCCCCUGGUGUUUGGGAAGACAUUCACUGACCACAUGCUGAUGGUGGAGUGGACUGAGAAGGGCUGGAGCCACCCCAGAAUCCAGCCCUUCCAGAACCUCACACUGCACCCGGCCUGCUCUGCUCUCCACUACUCACUGCAGCUCUUCGAGGGCAUGAAGGCCUUCAAAGGCGGCGACCAGCAGGUGCGCCUCUUCCGACCCUGGCUCAACAUGGACCGCAUGCUGCGCUCGGCCCUGCGCCUCUGCCUGCCGAGCUUCGACAAGGUGGAGUUCCUGGAGUGCAUCCGCCGGCUGGUGGAAGUGGACAAGGACUGGGUCCCCGACAGCUCAGGCGCCAGCCUCUACGUGCGGCCCGUGUUCCUGGGGAACGAGCCCUCGCUAGGUGUCACCAGUUCCUCGAGAGCCCUCCUGUAUGUAAUCCUCUGCCCCGUGGGCUCGUACUUCCCUGGAGAUGCCAUGAGCCCCGUCUCCCUCCUGGCUGACCCCACGUUCAUCCGGGCCUGGGUGGGUGGGGUCGGAGACUGCAAGCUGGGCGGGAAUUAUGGGCCCACGGUGUUUGUGCAGCAGGAGGCGAAAAAGAAGGGCUGUGAGCAGGUCCUCUGGCUGUACGGGCCUGACCACCAGCUUACUGAGGUGGGCACCAUGAACAUCUUCGUCUACUGGACCCACGAGGAUGGGGUGUUGGAGCUGGUGACCCCCCCGCUGGAUGGUGUCAUCUUGCCUGGAGUGGUCAGACAGAGUCUGCUGGACCUGGCUCACACCUGGGGCGAGUUCCGGGUGGUGGAGCGGAAGAUCACCAUGAAGGAGGUUAUGCGAGCCUUGGGGGAGGGACGGGUCCGGGAAGUCUUUGGCUCAGGCACCGCUUGCCAGGUCUGCCCUGUGCAUCGAAUCCUGUACCAAGGCAAGGACCUCCACAUUCCCACCAUGGAAAAUGGGCCUGAGCUGAUCCUUCGCUUCCAGAAGGAGCUGAAGGCAAUCCAGUACGGAACGAAGGCCCACGAGUGGAUGCUCCGGGUGUGACGCUGCAGACUGUGCCCGGCCACCCUCGGGCCCACCGGCCUUAGCCCUAGUCCCUGCCGGAGCCGCGUCUCCCUACCAAUGACAACCUGAAGUGCAAUAUGAAAUAAGAGGCCGCGGCCGGGGCGCCUGGGUCUCUGGCGCCCCCGCGUGGCCGCCACGCUCCCAAAGCCUUACGGGCCCGACCCAGGCGUCCGGGCCCCAGCUCCGCCUCAGGCCUGGGGGAUUUGGAUUCCCAGCUGCUCUGUGUUGAGGGGUUAAGUCUACGCCUUGGCCCCCGACUCCGCACCUCUCCGUUCUCAGACCGGAUCUCCCAAGUGCUGCCGUUGAUUUUUUUUCUUCUUGCUGGAAUUUUGAAAUAAAAUGCCAAAUACAAGA